AUGUCUAGUCCGUUGGAUCCAUUUCAUCGGAGAGAUGAGUACACUUCUGUUUCGCGCCACCGCCGCGGCUCCGCCAGCAAACCGCCGUACCCUACGCCGGCCACCGCGACGUCCAGCUUCGUCGCCGAAGCCCGCCGCUGCCGCCUCGCCGACGCCUGCAGCGCCCCUCGACGCUCCGUCUCCGCGCUGCUCGCCACCACCAGCAACCUGCAGCACCCCGUCCGGCGACGCUCGCUCCCUCACCCGUCGGCCCGCGAUCUGCUGUUCGCGCCUCACCCGCGACUACACCUCUGCCCGAGCGCCACCACUCACCUCCGCUGCAGUGUGACCCUCCCUCUGCCGCUCGUCCGUUCACCGUUGCACCCCAGUACCGCUGCUGCCCCGCCGACGCCUGCAGCACUCCUCGCUGCCCCGCUCGCCGUCUCCGAGCGACCCAUUGCACCGGCAACUCGCAAGUCCCCGCGCCGGCCCGCCCCUGCUCCACCGCCCGAGCGUCGACGCCUGCAACCCACGAGCACCGCUGCCCUCCGCCUGAGCGUCCCUGCCAGGCGCCCCGAUGACCGCGUCUCUGCAACCGUCGUCGCCGUUCUCGCCGUCGCUGCGCCGCUUUCUCCGCCUUUCUCUGCCUGCAUCAGCGACGACGAACGCCCCCGCACUCCGACGACCGUGCCUCCACAGCCGCGAGCACCCGACUGCGCCCCUGCCGUCCUCCGCCCGAGUGCCGCCCAGCCAACGUCUGCAGCUCCGCCGUCCCGCGCCUCAGCCCGCACCGUCUUCGCCUGCGAUCCGCUCCCCGUCGACGCUGCUGUCCUCUUUCUCUUAGGGUUUGAGUAG